AUGAAUUAUUCAUCUGUAAAUGGCACUUCAACUGUAACUGGGAAUCAGCGGGACACCUUCACCACAGCUGUGACCAAGAAUGUGAUCGUCACAGCCCUCUGCAUCUCCAUUAACUACAUCAAUGGUACUCUGGUCCACACAUUCAGAAAGCACCAGAUCUUCAGAUCAAACCCUCGUUACAUUCUGUUCAUCCACCUGGUGAUAAAUGACAUGAUGCAGCUGCUCCUGACAACACUUCUCCACAUCAUCAGCUACGCCCUUCACACAAUCAAUGUAUCUGUCUGCCUCAUCCUGCUCAUCAUCACCAUCCUCACCACCCUAAACACCCCACUGAAUCUGGCUGGCAUGGCAGUCGAGUGCUACAUCGCCAUCUGCAUCCCCCUCCGUCACGGGCAGAUGUGUACCGUCAAGAGAACCUAUAUCCUGAUUGGCUUGAUCUGGGUUGCGAACGCGUUCUCUACCCUCCCAGAUCUCUUCAUCCUCCUGGCCACAGAGCCGCUGCAGUUUUUUCACUCCAACUUGUUUUGUGCCAGAGAUUACGUGUUCAGAAGCACUUACAGCCUGAAGAAGAGGAACGCUUCACACAUUGUUUGUUUGGCCCUGGUCUGGCUCACACUCUGCUACACUUACUUCAGGAUUAUGUUCAUUGCCAAGGAAGCAACUGCAGACAUUAAGAAAGCCAGAAACACUAUUCUCCUCCACGGUUUCCAGUUACUCUUAUGUAUGCUUACCUACGUUAGACACUUGUUUGAACAAGGUCUCCUCUACUUACUGCCCAAGCAGCACCUGGCAGUACGCUUUGCAUCCUACAUCAUUGUCCAGAUCCUGCCACGGUUCGUUAGUCCAAUUGUCUACGGACUGCGAGACCAGGUCUUCAGGAGGUAUGUGAGAAGGUACCUGCUUUGUAAAGUGAGCAUAGGAAACCACCCAGAAACUGCCACCAUGUCAAAUAUGAAGCCGUCUAUGAAACCGCACUGA